CCGGAACUAAAGUGCCGGGGUUGACUAUGAGUACGCUAUAUGACGGCCGGGUUUGUGUGUUGCGCUUCGUGGGCGCCCGUCUGCUCUGCUUCCCCUCGCCUUUGAAGAGAACAGUCACCACACUCAUGGCAGGGAUUUUGCGCUCAGUAGUUCAGAAGCCCCCAGGUGGACUCCAAACUGUAACAAAAGGUGUGGAGUCUCUCAUUUGUACAGAUUGGAUUCGUCACAAAUUUACCAAGUCAAGAAUUCCAGAUAAAGUAUUUCAGCCUUCACCUGCAGAUCAUGAAAAAUAUGGUGGGGAUCCACAGCACCCUCAUAAACUACAUAUUGUUACCAGAAUAAAGAGUACAAAAAGACGUCCAUAUUGGGAAAAAGAUAUAAUAAAGAUGCUUGGAUUAGAAAAAGCACAUACUCCUCAAGUUCACAAGAAUAUACCUUCAGUGAAUGCAAAACUGAAAGUGGUUAAACAUUUGAUAAGAAUCCAGCCCCUGAAGUUGCCGCAAGGACUUCCAGAGGAAGAGGACAUGUCUAACACGUGCCUCAAGAGCACUGGGGAAUUAGUGGUGCGGUGGCAUCUAAACCCUGUAGAUCAGGAAGCAGUUAAGUCCUAAUGCCAGAGCAGUUUCAUAUUUAAAAAUGUAAAUCAUUUUUAUUUAAAGAUAGAAAGUGUUCUCAUUAAAAUAUAUUUUAAAUUCUAGCCAUUUUCACUGGCUAAACAUGGUGUGAUUUCUUCCUUAUAUAGGCUUGGAAGUUUCAGUGCUGGUAUUUGAUUUAACUCUCUUUUCUGUCUGAUAGUUUCACUGCAGAAUGGGCUGGAGUGGUAUUGUUUAAACAUCUGGGUUCAGAUGUCACCUUAGCAGUCACCAUUGACUUGUUUAAAAUAUUGUUUUCUCUUUUAAUUGAACGCAACAAAUUCCUUGAGUGUCCCUUUGAGUGAGCACUGUGUUACGUGUUGGGGAAAUGCACAGCAGACCAGAACAUGGUCCCUGCCCAUCAGGAGUUUAGUCUCUUGCUAGAGAACAGAGAUUCGGCCACAGUCAUUAAACAUUGGGUGUAGCUAGAUUGACUGCUUUGUGCUUUAGUGUCUAUAAGUAUAUAUGUAGAGUUGGCUGCAUUUUAUUCUUAAAUUUAAUACCAAAAAUAGUAUCUUUUUCUAAUUAUAAAUCUGAAUUGGCCCAAAUUUUGUUGAUGUUCUUUGAGUUCCUAAGAAAUCUCUGCCAACGGUUGAGGUAAUAUUUAAAAGAUGAGAAAGAAGGGAGAAAUCUUUUAGGGAGAAUUGUUUUAUUUCCUUUUUUUUUUUUUUUUUUUCUUUCCUAUUUCAGAUACCUGGAGGGGUUGGGAGAAGUAAGAAUUGUAGGACAGGUUCAAUAGUGGGAAGUUUUGUGGCAGCUAAUCAAAGAUGAUGGUGAAGAAUCUCUGAAUUCUAGUUGCCUAUUUCCCUUUGUCUUUUGUGAGGUUUAGUUUGGGCAACAAUAACAUUGGCAUACUACUCAUAAUUUGUGUAGUAUUCAUCCUGUCAUAGGUCUUGAUGUUUUAGAGCAUUCAGAAUUGCUACCUGAAAUGAGCCAGAUAUCAUUAAUUACUAAGCUUGAAUGCAAUUACAGUUUCAAUUCAACAAUUAUGAAAUAUCUAGUAUAUGUAAGGCCUGGAGGAGACCUUAAAGCCAGAGGACACUAACUUUAGAGAGCUCAUUCUAGUUAGAGAAACCUGUAUGCUACAACAAAAUGUGUCCCUGCUGGAGGUGGUUUGAGGAUAGCUGUGUUAAUAAAAGCUGGUCCCUGCUAAUUUAUUGCCAUCUCUUUCACUAUACUAAUAUUAAUGUUUAAAAUGGGGAAAAGAACAUUGGUUAAUUUUUACCCAAAGAUUCUAAUAAAGUUUAGGUAAGUAAUUUUAACCUCAACAGUCCAUGACUAGAAAAAAGGACCUAAAUGUUAAGUUGAAUAUUUGUAAGUAAAAUUGUCUAUAAGGAGAAAAGUAUAAGGCACACAUGGGUAUAACCUAGUGCAUUAGUUUUCUAUUGCUGUGUAACUAAUUACCACAAACCCAGUUGCUUAAAGCAACACGCACUUAAUCAUCCCACUGUUUCUGUGGGUCAGAAGUCUGGGCUUAGCUGGGCUUAGUCACUUACGGUUUCACAAGGCUGAGUUCUCCUCGGCCUUGACUGGGAAAGGAUCUGCUUCCAAGCUCUCUCAUUUCAUUUGCUUGUGAUUGUAGGAUUCAUGGCAAGUUGUUUCUUCAAAGGCAGUCAGUGUUGAAGAGAGAAACUAGCAAGAUGUGUGCUAAUGAGGGAGCACAAGGCAAGCUGACAGACCACAAACACCCCCCACAACCCAACCAGGUGGGAUAUGUGUGAUACUCCUCAGGCACUCCUGGCUGCCCAAGAACAAAGGAGAGCGGAAAACAAAAGGUUAACUGAUAGAGAUCAUAGUCCUUCAGGACCUAGGUCUCCGCUAGCCCUCCACAGUGGGAAAUAAAGGCAGAAGGAAAUGGCAGAUAGAACUCCAGUCCCUUGUAACAUGCAGCCCAUUGACAAAUACUUGAGGCUGGCAGAGUAAAAUGUUUCUUUAGGAACACCCUACUGUCUUAAUGUUUUGCUAGAAGGAAAAACAGCCUUAGCUUGACAAUAGCUAGGCCUCCAGUGUCCUGUGAGUCUUUAGCAUAUGAAAAUCUCCCUGGAAACUUCCCCUGGACUUUACCUCCCCCAACCCUAUAGUAUAUAAUCAGUCUUUCCUCAUCAUCCAGGGCAGGGUGCUUAAAUAAAAUCACCUUUUUGCACCAAA